ACAUUUAAAAAAUAAUGUGUGUACACCCUCGAAGAAACACGCGUAACGCAUUUUAAGGAUGUGAAUCCACAUAUAUGUGAGAAAGCGCUAAUUAGCUCUUGGCAAAAAUUACGAGCGAGGUUUUACAUGGGGACAGAAAAGGGAAGCGGAUGCGAGUGGUCCAUUGUCUCUGUUUUCACGAUGUAAAAAAGAAACGUCUCUUUUUCUUGGCAAACUUGGUGGAUGAAAAAAAAAUACACCAAUUUUCCUUCUCGCUCGAAUGAUUCGCCUGCACGAGGUGCUUGCGCUCGCGGAGCACUCCAGUGGGUCUAUUUUGAGAAAGCGGCGAGAAACACGCGAUUAUUUUAGUUACAUUUUUCUUCGCCGACUCGCAGAACGCAGACGGACUCGUCUACACGAACAUCACGAUGACUGAGUACGCUACUUUCCGCCUAUCGAACGACUCGUUUUCGAUUAAUAAGCUAGAUGCAUGAUGAAAAAGUCGGGAAUCUGAUCCGAGCUCGAAAUUAUUCGAAUCCAUCCGAAACUUUGUAGAAAAACGGCGGCAACGGCUGUGGCUUCGCGACUGUGAAAACGUGACGGAGUUAAGUUAACCGGAGUUAAGUUACCGUGUCUCGCGGGAGUGAAAAAAAAGAAAAAUCGCACGAAAAUCGUAUGAACGUGCGUUUCUCCGAUUGUAAUAUAAAAAAUAUUUAUAUGAAGCCGCCCCUAAGCGAAAAGCGAUUCUGUUCGUGGAUUCACGUUCCAAUUUCUCAAGUGUCACAGGGAGUUUUGUUGCAAGUGCAAAAAGACUGUGAUAUCAUUCCAUCCCAAAUUGAUUUCCUCUUGCUGUUUGCAUUAAUGAACUUUCCUUACAUGCGUUCGUCAUGCGCUAGGUGGCUUACAAAAUAACAGCGUGAAAACCGCUCAUUGCUUCGUUGCCUGUUUGCCCUUUCCUUGCUGCUCGUACCUUGAGACGUUAUUCUAAUCAGUUGUCUCGUCUUCAUAAUUUCGUCAUCAUGGAUAUGCGAAGAAUGUCGAAUUGGAAUGUCCUGAGCGUGGAGGCUGCGGUGCAACAACUCAACGCUUUCGAAGGAGAUGAUCCCGAGAAGAUAAUAAGACGUCCCAAUACGACGAUAGAGAAGCUGCCGGACAAAGUUUUGCUAAACGUCUUCAGCUAUCUUUCGCAUCGCGAGAUAUGCAGGGUUGCUCGCGUCUGCAAACGCUGGCGACAAAUCGCGUAUGACACGCGCCUCUGGAAACACGUGUCCUUGAGACCGGAAGUAAGCGGACUUCACGUGAGCUCCCUGGAAAACUUGUUACACUUAAUCAGCGUACGCUUCGGACCUUCAUUGAGGUACAUUGAAUUACCGAUCGAAUUGAUCACACAUACGGUUCUCCACGAAUUAGCCAAUAGGUGUCCAAAUUUAACACACAUGUUACUGGACUUUUCAACUGCGAUGCAACUGCACGACUUUUCAGAAAUGCAAGCAUUUCCCACGAAAUUGAAGUACAUGUGCAUUUGUUUAUCAGAAGUCAUUUUCAUGGAGGGUUUUAUGCGAAAAAUCUAUAAUUUCAUAAACGGUCUCGAGAUUCUUCAUUUAAUCGGAACUUAUGAAAAAAUCGAAGAAGAAGAAGAAGAAAUUUAUGAAGUGAUAAAUGUGCACAAAUUAAAAUCAGCGACUCCAAAUUUAAGGGUUAUCAAUUUAUAUGGCAUUAAUUUCGUGGAUGAUUCGCAUAUCGACGCCUUUUCUUCCAAUUGUAUCCAGUUAGAAUGCCUAGCUGUAAAUUACUGUGCCAAAGUGACCGGUUCGACCAUGAAGACUCUCUUCCAAAGAAGCCGAAGAUUGAAAUGUCUUCUUAUGCAAGGAACAAAUCUGCAGAGUGAGUACGUGAUGCAAGUGGAAUGGGAAAAAUCGAGCAUUCAGGAACUCGACAUUACCGCUACCGAUCUGUCGACGGAAUGCCUGAUUGACAUGCUGACCAGAAUCCCCGGGCUGCGUUUUUUGAGCGCCGGUCAGUUGAACAGUUUCAAUGAUAACGUGCUAAAAUCCUGGACCGAACUUGGGAAUACGCGGAAUUUGAUAGCGCUGGAUUUGGACAGCUCCGAUAACUUGAGCGACGAGGCCCUGCACAAAUUUCUGUCGAGGCACGGCCAUCAGCUCUACGGCCUCGCACUGUCGGGCAUGCCGCACAUUACCGAUCAGCUUUGGCAAAGCGUACUACCAAUUCUUACCAAUGCAAGAAUACUUGUGAUGGGCACUCAAGAGAGAUUAGGCGUCAAUAUUCACGUAGAUCAAUUGAUGGAUGGAAUCGCCAAUAACUGUCCCAAUUUGGAGCGUUUGGAACUGCGAUGGGAUCCAGAAAACUUGCGAUUUUCGGAUAAAAGUCAAAAAGCCAUCGAUAUUCUACGCGUGAAGUGUAUCAAGUUGAAAUGCUUAAGUUUAAGUGACGGAAGAUAUUACGAAAUUGUCAAAGCGAAUUUCGAGCGAGCCGAUAGGCUAACGGUUGUUAGAACAAUUACCUGUUGCAGAGUGUCGAAUUACUAUCUUUUGCAAAAUUAUAAAGAUCUAAUUUUCAAUUGACGACAGCGUUCAGAUUUUAUAAAUGUUGUAUCAAUCUUGUGAGAAAAGACAUUGAUGUGAAAAAGUGCUUACAAAUUAAGACAGAAAUAAUAUAUAUUUAUAUAAAAUAUAUUUUCUUUACAAACAGUAUUAACGUAGAUAGUACAAGAAUUAUAAAAGAACGUAUAAAGAUUCAUAUUGUAUCAUAAAAUUGUAAUUUAAUAGCGCAAGCAUUAAAUUUCCUGCGUCGAA